AUGGGUGUGCCGAGGGCGCCACUGCACAAUGAGGGCAGCGAAGCGGCAAGACCCGCCCAACGAGGGGGGGCAGACGGGAGGAGAGCGACUGCUGGGCGAAGUUGGGGGGGGGUCUUCGGACGGCGGGAGGAGGGGGGGGUCCGUUGCGGCCGAAGGGGUGGGGGGAGGGGUGACGCGGUGCCGUGGCGGGGCGGAGAAGGGGGGACGGGCGAGCGAGGGACGCGGGGCCCAAGAGAGCAAGGCGUGAAGGGGCGGACACACGGGAGUGGGGAGGAACGGGGGGGGAGAGGGGGGGGCGGGCCGGGGGCGAGACAGGGGGUCGAGGCCGAGGGGCGGAGGGCAAAGAGAGGGGGGGGACGGGACUGGCGUUAA